AUGGACAUCGGCAGAUUUUACCAAGUCAUCGCCUUUUUGAAGCAACAUUCCAGAGGAUACGUAGCAAAGAAGUCGAAAGUAUUCACAAGAGAGGAGUUAGAAUAUUUUUUAGAUGCCGCUCCUGAUGAGCAAUAUUUAUUGAUAAAGGUAGUUUUUAUUAUGGGUGUUGCUGGAGGGUGUAGAAUUGGCGAGCUGGUGAAUAUGACCGUAGAUGAUGUGGAAGAUCGGGGCAGCGUAUUGGUUAUUCAGAUUCCUGUUACGAAAACCUAUAAGAAAAGAGUUUUCACUGUGGUCAAUGGUAGUAAUAAGGUUGCUGCACUUGAUAUAUAG